CUGGUAAACGCGGCGGCUUCUCCAGGACGUAACUUUGGCGUCAUAGGAAUAAGAUGAACGGUGUGGGCAUAGGGAAACCUGCCGCUGGUCGGUUCAGCUGCACCCACGGCGAGUGCGGAGCCACUUUCACCAAGCAGUGGAAACUGAAGGAUCACGAGACGGUGCACACCGGGGAGAGGCCCUGGCAGUGCGGGGUCGUGGGCUGUGGCCGCCGCUUCUCUAGGAGAUCCGGCCUGAGCCGACACCGGGUUCAACACUCAGGCGUGAAGACGUUUAAAUGCCAGUUUGUCUCCUGCAGCAAGACGUUCUUCCACGCAGACAAACUGAAGAGACACGUGAGCUACGCCCACGGAGACAAGACCAAGCACUUCAAGUGCAAGCAUCCCGGCUGCUCCAUGACCUUCAGAAAGCGUCGAGGCUUUAAACUGCACCUAAAGGACCACGGCCUCUCUGCCGAGUUCAAGUGUUCAGUGAAUCGGUGCAGCGCCUCCUUCGACUCCCACAUCGCCCGCAAAGCCCACGAGAAGACGCACGCAGGUUACAGCUGCCCUCGAGCCGACUGCGACGUCCGCGAGCGCACCUGGGGGAGGCUGGAGAAGCACAUGGCGCAGCAUCCGGCGUCGUUUGCAUGCAAAGUGUGCAAGAAGGCGUUCAAGAAAGCGGACGCGCUGCGGCGACACAAGUGGAGCCACGCGUCCCACAAGCCCGUGCUGGUUUGUCCCAGGGAGAACUGCCAGGCCUACUUCUCCACCACCUUCAACCUGGAGCACCACAUCCGCAAGGUGCACCUGCAGCUGCUCAAGUACAAGUGCUCCUUCCCCGACUGCCCGCGCACGUUCGCUAUGCGGGAAAGCGUGAGCCGCCACCUGCUCCGCCACGACCCGGGUGUCGCCGCCGUCCGCUCGCACCAGAAACACCGGCGGCCCAAGAAGACGUGGCAGAAGCGCGUGAACGGACACGAGCCGCCGGUGGUGGAGGACAACCUGCAGCGGCUCUUCGCUUUGCGCAUGCGCAUCUCCAGACGCGCCAAGGUGGAAGCGAACCUCGCCGGCCUCUUCAACGAGCGCAAGAUCCCGCACUACGUGGACCCGGAAGUGAACCUGCGGGGCCUGUUCAGCAUCAAGCGGCCUCGGGCUGUGGAGGCGCCCGCAGCUCUGCCGCUCACAUGUUAAGUGAAGUUAUGUUUUUGAGCCGCUUUAUUUUAUGUAUUAUUUGGAUUCUCGUAGCUCGCAGACUUUAAAUCUCAGCUCAAAUUGGGUUUAAGUGUAAUGUAGCCGGUUUACAUUAAAGUGGAUUUUAGUUUCUGGCGAAUGUUGUUUGAAACAUUUUGCUCACUCUUGUUUCUUAACACUUGACCCAAUAAAAUCCCUUGCGUUCUGGCA